AGGCGUGCACAUUUCAGACAUUAGCUUUGUGUUUCGCUUCAUUCAGCGGGCUGCCGAGACCCAUCGGCUUCUUACGUCAAAGUACCGCGAGAGCGAUUGGAAAACCAUGCACUCGGGUUGAUCUCGCGGUAUGAAAAUGUCAUACGCCGAUCUGUCUGCGCACCGUGUGCAGUCAGUUAGGUAAGUCAUGUUUGGUAACGUCACGCGGCGUGUUACUAAACGUGCACGUCGUGGCACUUUGCUGGGCGUCUGUGAGUAAACGCUAAACACAAACACAACAGCUUGUGACUUACUUUUCAGGACUGUUCCCCGGUGUGAAAAUGUCAUUGACUCGUACUGUCAUAUGCCUGCUGAGGAACGAUCUGCGUCUUCAUGACAACGAGGUAUUUUACUGGGCUCAGAGGAAUGCAGAGCACGUAGUCCCCCUCUACUGCUUUGACCCACAACAUUACCAGGGCACACAUCACUUUAACUUCCCAAAGUCGGGGCCGUUCCGUUUACGCUUCCUUCUCGACGGUGUGAAGGACUUGAGGGCAACGCUGAAGAAACAGGGCAGCACACUGUUAGUGAGACAUGGCAAGCCAGAGGAUGUUGUCAGUGAUUUGAUUAAGCAGUUGGGGUCAGUAUCGGCUGUGGCUUUUCAUGAGGAGGUGGCGUCAGAUGAAAAGGAUGUGGAGAAGAAGGUAAAGGAGGUCUGCUCUCAAAACAAGGUCAAAUGUCAGACUUUCUGGGGGUCUACACUCUACCAUAGAGAUGAUCUCCCAUUUGGUCACGUUAAGAGGUUACCUGAUGUUUACACUCAGUUCAGAAAGUCCGUUGAGGAUCAGGCUCGAGUAAGACCGGUGUUUUCUACUCCAGAACAGAUGAAGUCUCUUCCCACAGGAUUAGAGGAAGGUCCUAUCCCUACAUUUGAGGCCCUCGGACAGACAGAGCCUGUGGAGGACAGCCGGUCAGCCUUCCCAUGCCGCGGUGGAGAGACUGAGGCUCUCGCUAGAUUGAAACAUUACUUCUGGGACACCAACAAUGUUGCAACUUAUAAGGAGACUCGAAAUGGCUUGAUCGGAGUGGACUAUUCCACCAAGUUUUCCCCUUGGCUUGCAUUGGGCUGCAUAUCACCAAGGUACAUCUAUGAGCAGAUAAAAAAGUAUGAAGCUGAAAGGACAGCUAACCAGAGUACAUACUGGGUAUUAUUUGAGCUUCUGUGGAGGGAUUACUUCAAGUUUGUGGGUUUGAAAUAUGGAAACCGAAUAUUUCAUGUGAACGGUCUUCAAGAUAAGCAUGUGGCAUGGAAGACAAACAUGACCCUGUUCAAUGCAUGGAAAGAGGGAAGAACAGGAGUGCCAUUUGUAGAUGCGAACAUGAGGGAGCUUGCCCUGACAGGAUUCAUGUCCAACAGAGGACGCCAGAACGUAGCCAGCUUUCUCACCAAAGACUUGGGGUUGGACUGGCGACUGGGUGCUGAGUGGUUUGAAUACCUGCUGGUGGACCAUGACGUCUGCAGCAACUAUGGAAACUGGCUCUAUACUGCAGGAAUAGGAAAUGACCCACGAGAAAACAGGAAGUUUAAUAUGAUCAAACAAGGACUGGACUAUGAUGGCAAUUUUACAAGCUCUUUUUUGACACUUAAGAGAGCAACUUCUGCCCUGACCAUAAAUGUAAAUACAGGAAGAGGAAGUUACAUGCGGGGGGACUAUGUCAGACUUUGGGUUCCAGAGCUUCGGGGUAUUAAAGGUGGGGACGUGCACACCCCAUGGACCCUCAGCAGUGCAUCACUGUCACAUGCCCAGGUGUCUCUCAACGAAACAUACCCCUCCCCGAUCGUCAUGGCACCCGAAUGGAGUCGUCAUGUCAACAAAAAAUCUUCCGGUUCAGCAUCAGCAAGAGGGAAGAAGGGUCCAUCUCACACACCAAGGGAUCACAGAGACCGAGGCAUUGACUUCUACUUCUCCAAGAAUAAGAAUUUUUGAGAGGGAAGAGCCUUGUUUGUAUUGCGAUUCUUUUUUUUUUUUUUCAUGAAAUGCUGUUGGGCAUCUGGUCAGGUCACUGGUUCAAAUAUGGGAACUGGGAAGUGGAAAAGAAAAAUAGUCGAUACACAUCAAUACAGCAACUACCUCUAAUGAAGUGCAUUAAAAUACCUUUCAUAUAAUUGCCCAUUAUUUGUCUGCUGUUUUAAAUGCAAAAUCAUAUUGUAUGUUCCUUCAAAUCUCCCGGUUGGGUCAAGUACUUCAGGUUAUGUUUUAUCUAAAAAUAAAAAGUUGCUGGGAUUUUUGUUAAAAAGUUUUGAGUUUUCCCUUUCUUGCACGAAAUAAUGAUAUGAUGUUUAUUAUA